CAACAAUGACUUCCCCUCUUUCUGCAUACAUCGUCGAGUUUGCGUUAGCAUUAAAGACACGCAAUGCCGCAAAUGUGAUGCUCUAUCUCUCGAUCUCCAAUGCGCCUGGCACGGUGUACAAGGCAGAGUUCCCGGUGCCAAGCCAGCACGACCUCAGUGGCAUCCGAGAAGAGACAUGGCGGGAGCUCAUAACUCUCCACAUCCGCUUGUGCAAGGCUAUUGCAGUCACCGUUGACCUUGUCCAAGCUUUUACGUUGCAAAUUGAAGUGCUGAAUUGCAUGAACCGAAUUGCAUUACGGGAGGACAACUGGCUCCUCAGACCUCUCUAUCAGACGACUACCGAGUUGUACUCAUUGUACCGCUUGCGAGCAGCCUCGUCGCCAGAAGAAGACACGUCUAAGGACCUUGAGAAGGUAGCUGACACCGUUAAUAAGACGUUUAAGCUCUGUUUGAACGACCGAAACCUCGUGGAAGUGCGCUCGAAAAAGCUCGGUGUGUUUGUGUUUGCCGGCCGAUUACUCAAGAUCUACAUCAAGCUUAACCACUUUGAGUUGGCCAAGUCAGUAGAAAAAGCUAUCCUCUCCCUUGUGACGGAAUUGCCCACCGUGGAUGACGUACCAAAGUCGCAUUCCAUUCCGUACUUGUAUUACUCAGGGCUAAUCUCCUCGUACGACGGCGACUUGACUGCGGCUGAGACUAAGCUCACAAGGGCGUUGAGUUUUUGUACCUCCAACAGCACCAAGCAGUUAAAGCACAUUCUCGUGUACUUGAUUCCGAUCAAGUUCCUCAAUAAGCGCGUAACGCCGUCACUGCACCUUUACGCACGGUUCCCCGAGCUCGCGGCGUUGUACCGCGGGAUUUUCCAGGCGGUACAGACGGGCGAUUUGCGAUCGUUCGACGCGGCCGUCGAAGGCUGCGAGCAGUUUUUGUUGGAUAAGAGCUUGUAUUUGAUGGUGGAGUACUUGCGGGAAUAUUGUCUUGUGAAGCUUUUCAAGCGGACGCUUCUGGUCACAGGCAAACACCAGCUUCCUGUUUCGGCGUUACAGGUAACAUUAGAGUAUUCGCAGACGCACAGGUCGCGGGAUAAAGACGAGGAGUUUGUGUAUUCGCUCGACAGGGUGGAGUGUUUGUUGGCGAAUUUGAUCUAUAAAGGAAAGGUCAAGGGGUAUAUGUCGCAUCAAAAUAGGGUGGUCGUGUUGUCGAAGACGAAUGCGUUUCCGCUGCAAGUAGUGAGAGCGAGUACGUAGUAGGAGGCUCUGUGAAGAUAUUAGUUCUUCUUUUUUUCUUUAAUAGAAUAAGCGCUGUAAUAAGGAAUGGAAGUGGGGCGUAAAGGAAUGGAG